CAUCAAAAUUCAUUUUUUAAUGCAAUUUUUUUGAGAUUUAAUCAAGAUUUUGAUGUAGUACUAUUACUAGUAUAUAAGUGAACACUACUGUUUCAACCUUUGAACAAAUCCACUCCGUUGAUCACAUGCAACAGAAUUAGAAAAAAUGGAUCACCAGUUUAUUGUUGUUGGACAAAAUGGACAACACCAGCAACAGGAGAAUAAUCAGCAGAACAGACGCGGUGCAGGAGAUGCACCCGGUGCUGGUGGUGGUGGUGAUGGUGGUGAUGGCGGUGAUGGCGGUGGUGGUGGUGGGCAGAAUAACAGCAGCCUACCACCACAGCCAUGCCCUCGCUGCAAUUCGAAGAACACCAAAUUCUGCUAUUACAACAACUAUAGUUUAUCUCAGCCUAGAUUCUUUUGUAAGGGCUGUAGGAGGUACUGGACUCAAGGUGGAACUCUUCGUAAUGUUCCAGUUGGUGGCGGUUGUCGUAAAAGCAAGCGCCCCAAACUCUCGGGUUCGAGUUCGGGUUCGGCUUCCAGCAGUAUGGCGCUGCCAUCUAUAGGGCAACGUAAUUUAAAUCCUGCACAACAUCAUCAACAUCAGAAUCAGCAUCAGCAUCAGCAUCAGUUGCCGGUGAUCAGUAGUGCUGCUGCAACAACAGCUGCAGCUGCAGUUGUUGGUAAUACUAAUAACAAUAACAUGUUUUUUGGACGUGGAAAUAGUGCAGGAUACUUUAUGUCUUCAUUGGCAGCAAUGCAACAAGGAGUGAAUGUGAGUCAGCCGCUUACCUUUGGGCCUAACUUGGGAUUACUGCAUGGUUUUAGCCUUCCCAGUUUUCAGACACAGCAGAACAAUCAACAGGAUCAGUUGUUUCAGAAUAUGUACUCCAUCAGAGAUAUUGCUGGUUCUUCGUCGUCGUCUGCCGGGGAUUGGAACCUCGGCGUUCAGCCUUCUGCACCGCCUCCCCCGCUGCCAUCGCUGUCGGAGACUAACAACAGCAACGGGGAUGAUAACAUCAACACCAACAACAACAUCAACACCAACAACAACACCAACAACAACAACAGCAGCAACAGCAACAGCAACACAAAUAAUGAUCAGAUUAAUCAGUGGGCUGAUUUUAUGGGGAAUACUGGACUUGAUGAUCCAUAAAUUGGGUACUAGGUAGACAUUAUUAUGACUGCCCUUUUUUUAACUUAUACCCUGCAUAAACAAGUGCAGAAGUUAGCUUUGCCUUUUUUUUCUUUUUCCUGAAAUCUUCAGUACUUUUAAAAGUAGAUCACAGUAAGAUUAAAUAUUGGACAUGGGAAUAUGGGAUACACAUAUAACAGGCUAUAUAGUGAUAGUACUAAUAGCGUGUUAUCUUAGUUAAUUUCAUAUAGUAAUAGUAUAGUUAAAUUUUCAUAAGAUUAUGUUCUCUCUCUAUUUUUAUUGUGGUGGGGUUAGGUUGUAAAUUGUAAUACAACUUUUCCUUGAUAUUAUUGAAAAGAAAAACAAAGAGAUGAACUAUCAAUAAUUGUGUAUUAAUAUUCUUAGUACUA